AUUCCACUGGCUCCACCCCCUUUUCCGCCGCCACCAAGACGGCAAAAUCAUAUUUAUCAACAUAUUUCCAAACAUCGAAUACCUCAGCGAAACCAAACCAUUCCCACAUCUACACCAACCUCCUAACCACCAGAAAACACAGAAAAUACAACCCGACAAUCAUAACUUGAAGAGAAAAAAAGGCCUCAAAUCCGAAAACAAGAAAGAGUGAAGUGGCAACUCGACCAAAUCCAGAGACCAGGGAGGCGCUUCUUGCAAAACUCCCUUGCCAUUUGCAUCAAGAAGGGGAUUAAAGUAACAGCGACAGAAAAACGAUCGUCAUGCAACUCUUUGCAAGAACGCUAGCGGCACUGACCCUCGGAUGCCUGCUCCGGAGUGCCACCGGCGACGUCUUCUCAGCGCCAGACCACGACCUCCUCUCGGCAAUGGCUUGGUCUUCGCUGGACUUCAGUGACGUCCCUUCGCUCCAGCCCCGAAGUCUGCUGAGGGCGGAGCGUCACGCGGAUGACGUCAACAGCACCGCCCUCGUUGCCAAGCCCAGGAAGAGGAGGACGAUCACGCUGCACCCGACGGAGUUUUACGUCGGGCUGGAGUACCGGUUCAAGCUCCCCCUCUUCCAAGUGUACGAGUCGACGGCCUUCUUCCUCGAGAUCCCCAUCGACUUCCACAACGAGAUUCACGGGAUUGUGGACACCGGGAGAUCGUGGGACCUGAUCAAGCCGCUGCUGGAGAAUGCCGAGGCGCUGGUGUCCCUAUUGGGCGUGGACGGAGGCGCGUGUCUCCGGCGGGCGGUGUGCGAACUGGCCUCGGCGCCCUCGAUCCGCCCACACGGGUUCAUCGGCGAGGUCAUCCAGAUCUUCGUCAAAGAUCUCAUAAAAGCUGAAUACCGAAUUAAAGACAUGGAGAACGAGAUCGACACUCUACACGGGAGAUAUAUGGAAGCUGGCAGACACGGCAAAGAAAAGGGAGAGUGUUGGAAAGCGUUCCCAGAAUGCACGAUCUCGUUCGCUGAAAUAUUUCCGAAUAUUUUAGUUUAAAGAAAGAUGAAAACAAAACAAAUGGAAUGUUUAUCAAUAACAUUCUAACUCUUCGAUGGCAUUUUAGUGUAUUUGAAAGACAGAUGGUGCCAUGAUGUUGUGCCAUAUUUAUUUUACGUCAGGAUCCCUCGACUUCAGAUAGUUGAUAACUAUUUGAAGUUUAACAGGCUUUUCGAAAUACCUCAUCUUUGAGUAGAUUCCUAAUAUGGGCAUAUUAAUCAUUAUCAAUGUCGCAUUAUCAUCCAUAUAUCAUCAUUUUUCGGGCUGUAUUUGCAGAAUAUUUAAGAAUAUCAUUUUCAAAAAUCUAAAAACCGUUAUUACAGAAUUUGUACCGGUAGAACUUCUAAUGUGAAUCAUAGGUCAACCAAGACUUUGUAUUUGGGAAACGCCUGUUUAUUUAACUAUUUAUUUAUUUAUUAUUAAGUAUUUAUUGAAACCUCAUUAUCCUUUUUGGCAUUUCUUUCCUCCCCUUUUUAUCUGUAUUUUUUCGUUCUUUGUUCCUUUAGGUUUAGUUCCUGUGUCUCAAAUGUACAGACUCAUGAAAUAAAAGA